AUGCGACAACUGUCAUGCCGGCAAAAAUGCUACUUCAAUCAGAAUUUAAAUACGUUAUGUAUUAAUCUCUUCAUUUUUUUCUAUUUGAGUUUAAAUUUUGCCGAUUAUAUCUUUCAAUGUCCCUGGCAAGAAGCAAGCGUAAAGGUGCAGAAGACGUUUAUGAUAAUGAUAAUGAGAUCGCAAAAACCAUUAGUGGUAACAAUUGGCCCAUUUGGUGCUAUGACUACCAAUACAGCUUUGAUGAUUAUGAAAGCUGCUUAUUCUUAUGCAACAGUAAUGGUGAAAGGCUACCAAGCAGAUUAACUUUCCUGAAUAUUAUUAUAGUGUUUUUGUAGACACACCUUAUUAGAUAAGCGCACUAGAUAGAUAUAUGCAAUUCUUA